GUUCCUUGUGGGCGGGGGAGGUCGCGGCGUUUGGCGUCUGCUGCGCGUGCCUCUCCCAGAGUUCGUGAGGGGCAGAGUUGUGGCCUCGUGGAUUAGAACUGCAGCCAACAUGAGCGGCAAAGAAGGAGCAGGUGGUUUCAAAAAAAGAAAGCAUGAUAACUUCCCCCAUGGCCAUCGAAGAGAAGAAAAGGACAACAUUAAUCCUUCAACUGUGUUUAUGUCUUUCAAAGCAUUUCAGCUGGAGCUUGAUACAAGACAUGAUAAAUAUGAACGGCUUGUGAAACUUAGUCGUGAUAUAACAAUUGAGAGUAAAAGGACGAUAUUCCUACUGCAUAGGAUCACUAGUGCUCCCAAUGGAGAUGAAAUAUUAAUGGAAUCUGAAGCCAAAUUAGAUACUGUGAGACAGAAGAUAAAACAAGUUGCACAAGAAUUGAUGGGAGACGAUAUGUACCAGUUCCACAGAGCCAUCUCUCCAGGGCUUCAGGAAUAUGUAGAAGCAGUCUCAUUCCAGUAUUUUAUCAAAACCCGAACAUUAGUUAGCAUAGAGGAGAUCAAUAAGCAGCUUAUAUUUGAAGCAGAAGACAAAGAAGAAGAAACAAAGGUGCCUGCCUCUGAUUGUCUCAAUUCACAAAGCCACAUUUGGUGCCUGAAGGUGACUCCUGUAGAUUACCUCCUGGGAGUGGCUGAUCUAACUGGAGAGCUGAUGCGGAUGUGCAUCAGUAGUGUUGGCAACGGUGACAUAGAUACUCCGUUCGAACUGAGCCAGUUCCUGCGUCAAAUAUAUGAUGGCUUUUCAUACAUCGGCAACACUGGACCAUAUGAAGUUUCUAAAAAACUCUACACCUUGAAGCAGAGUCUGGCCAAAGUGGAGAAUGCAUGCUACACAUUGAAAGUUAGGGGGUCUGAGAUACCAAAGCACAUGCUAGCAGAUGUGUUUUCCUCCAAAACAGAAAUCAUUGAGCAAGAAGAUGGGCUUCCUUAAAGCAAUAGGAAGCUCACGACCAAAAGGGAGAACAACUGUAAAGUCAUAUUAAAGAAUUGCAAUAAUUAAGAUUUGCUUGCUCGAAGUCUUAGAAGUAUGUAUGUCUCUUUUAAACUUGGUUGUUUUAAGGUCAGCUGAAGAAGCAGGAUAAUGUGUAUCCCCAAAACUGUUCUUGCAUAAAGGAUGAACAAGCCUAUCAAGCUGAUUUUUCUGUGGGAGAUUUGUAGCCAAAAAUGUCACUGUUGAUAUUUUUAAUAUGACUUAUUUUAGUGUUGUGGACCCCCUGCAGCAUACUUUAGUCAUUGUAGCCAGGCCUCUAGUAGGCAGUAUGCUAUGAAUGUUGUAAUAUUUCUUCUUUUUCUCUCUCCUUUUGUUAAGUGGUCCAUGUUUCAGAUGUGUGAGAGAGAGGCAGUUGUGGUAUGGAAGCCCAAUGUGCUGAUUCAAAGAGAUUAAUGAAAACAAGGGGAAACAUUUUUGUUAAGGGGGAAAUAUACCUUCAGGAGUCAGAAAGUAAGCUCACUUACUCAUUAUUUUCUUAUUCUGAGGUUUUAAUAACCUGUUUGAACAUCCUGCCUUAAUGCUGGCUUUCAGUUUCUUAGUUUAUAUUGAAAAACCAAAACACGUAUUCAAGCCAAACCAAGCCAAAAAAAAAAAAA